CUGGCAUGGAUCUAUACCACUCAGCUGACAGCUUUUCGUUUGCGCCUUCCCAAUUCGUCGCUGUUGAGGGAAUCAUGGUGUGUUGGCACUCAGGGAUCGAGCUUUCCCUCGGUUAACUUGAGGCAGGAACAACCGCACUACUGGGUUAGAUCAUGAGUGCUGUGACAGCUGUUUCUCUCUGGUUCAUAUCAACCUCUCUUGGGCAACGAGCCGUUUCAUUAUCAACCAAACAUUCUUCGCUUCUUAACUACAGCAAACUCAAGACACCUGGCAUCCCAUUCAGCAGCAAUCUUUUAUCCGUCGCAAACUUAUAGUGUGCUGGGAAAGUCUACAACAUGCUUCGACGAAAUCGAAUUGUCGAUAUUGAGUCCAUCUUGGAGGAACAGAAGAAAUUACGAGCCAAGCUUGGUCUGCACAAGAUUCCGGCCACUCCAAAUCCCAACUACAAGCAUAAUGGCACCAGGUCCUACGUGUCGGCACUAAAUCGGUACGGCUUCCAGCCAACCAAGCCUGGCCCCUACUUCCAAGCGUUUACUCGAGACACAUCUCGGGCCUCGGGCAAGCCAGCACCAGGCUCACUGCCCGCUGUAUGGACGGGCCUCUACAAGUCUGACAAAGACGGUAACGUGAGCAAAGUGUCAGCCGAUGAUCAGCAGAACGAUGCCGAGUACCUCUGUAACUUGUCAAUCGGCUCCGCUCCCCAGAAGCUCCUCCUGAAUUUCGACACCGGCUCUGCCGAUCUCUGGGUAAAGCCGAGUGACUUCCAGCACACGAAGUCAUCGACAUUCAAGAUUGCGAGUCACAAGACCUGGGAGAUGUGGUACGGCGAUGGCAGCUUGGUAUCAGGCUUCGUCGGUACAGACAUGGUCUCGAUUGGUGGCCUCGUCGUCAGGAAACAGGCCGUAGAAGUGGCACAGAAGCUAUCGCCGACAUUGCUCCACAGCACCAUGGCAGGUAGCCUUGGUAUGGCAUUCCGACAGCUCAACACGGUCAAGAAGGAUGGGAAACCGGAUCCCCAGCGCACUCUCCUCGACAACAUGAUCUCCCAGCGCCUGCUCCCUAAGCAUUCUCAGCUGUUCACCUCUGCGUUAUACAGGCUUCAAGACGGGGGGAAGCAGUCUUACUACACAUUCGGGUGGAUCGACCAGGACCUCGUGAAGGAAUCAGGCGAGGACAUCGCCUGGACUCGGGUCGAUAAGUCCACCGGCUUCUGGAUGUUUCCCAGCGAGAGCGCCAUGGUCAACGGCCAGAUUAUUCCUUCGUCCGGCAACAAGGCGGUUGCUGACACGGGAACUGCGCUUGCCCUGGUUUCGGACGAGCUUUGCGAUGCCUUGUACAGACAGAUCCCGGGCGCUCUGUACAGCUACGAGUACCAGGGAUACAUCAUCCCGCGACACAUCAAGAUUGACCAGCUGCCAAACUUCAGUCUAGCUGUCGGUGACAAGCAGUUUGUGAUUCAGAAGCAGGACCUCCUCUUCGCCCUAGCCGAUGCCAAAUACUGGUACGGCAGUGUGCAGUCCCGGGGUCGGAAUCCCUUCGACAUUCUCGGAAGUACCUUCCUCAAGUCAAUCUACGCAAUCUGGGACCAAGGCAACAGCCGCUUCGGGGCCGUCCCAAAAAUUGAGGAGAUGCAGGACUUUGACGCUCCUAGAACUCCGAGCCCCUGAUUCACCCUUUACAUCCGCAGCAUACAAAGUCCCUAAGAGUCACUGGCAUAAUUCGAUGGUCAACUCUCUGCACCGACGUGUAGUCAUCGCUUGGCGUGUAGCGCGCCAUGGCAAGUCUGGAGGUUAUGGCGCUAGGGUGGGAGUCUUGACCGAGUUGAUAGCUUUAGCCCUAGCAUCAGUAUUGAAAAUGAAAUAGACUAUACGG